AAACUUUACUUGUCACCGAAGCGGGGACGCGCGGGUGUCCCCCGCUUCCCAGCGCGCUGCUGCGGCCCCGAAACUUCAGCGCACAGCCCAGGCCAACCCCGCGUGAGCUGACCGACCGUUCUAUGACUGCAAAGAUGGAAACGACCUUCUACGACGAUGCCCUCAACGCCUCGUUCCUCCAGUCCGAGAGCGGCGCCUACGGCUACAGUAACCCUAAGAUCCUGAAACAGAGCAUGACCUUGAACCUGGCCGACCCGGUGGGCAAUCUGAAGCCGCAUCUCCGCGCCAAGAACUCGGACCUCCUCACGUCGCCCGACGUUGGCUUGCUCAAGCUGGCGUCGCCCGAGCUGGAGCGCCUGAUCAUCCAGUCCAGCAAUGGGCACAUCACCACCACGCCGACCCCGACCCAGUUCUUGUGCCCCAAGAACGUGACCGACGAGCAGGAGGGCUUCGCCGAGGGCUUCGUGCGCGCCCUGGCCGAACUGCACAGCCAGAACACGCUGCCCAGCGUCACGUCGGCGGCACAACCGGUCAGCGGUGCGGGCAUGGUGGCUCCCGCGGUGGCCUCGGUAGCGGGCGCUGGCGGCGGCGGCGGCUACAGCGCCAGCCUGCACAGUGAGCCUCCGGUCUACGCCAACCUCAGCAACUUCAACCCGGGUGCGCUGAGCGGCGGCGGCGGCGGCGGCGGCGGGGCGCCCUCCUACGGCGCGGCCGGGCUGGCCUUCCCCCCGUCGCAGCCCCAGCAGCAGCCGCCGCAGCCGCCGCCGCACCACUUGCCCCAACAGAUCCCGGUGCAGCACCCGCGGCUGCAGGCCCUGAAGGAAGAGCCCCAGACGGUGCCCGAGAUGCCGGGAGAGACCCCGCCCCUGUCCCCCAUCGACAUGGAGUCACAGGAGCGGAUCAAGGCCGAGAGGAAGCGCAUGAGGAACCGCAUCGCUGCCUCCAAGUGCCGGAAAAGGAAGCUGGAGAGGAUCGCCCGGCUAGAGGAAAAAGUGAAAACCUUGAAAGCGCAAAACUCGGAGCUGGCGUCCACGGCCAACAUGCUCAGGGAACAGGUGGCACAGCUUAAACAGAAAGUCAUGAACCACGUUAACAGUGGGUGCCAGCUCAUGCUAACACAGCAGUUGCAAACGUUUUGAGGACAGACUGUCAGGGCCGAGGGGCAACGGAAGAAAAAAAAAUAACAAAGACAGACUCGAGAACUUGACUGGUUGCGAAAGAAAAAACAACAACAAAGUGCCCGAGUACCGCAGCCAAAGGUACACGCGAUGGACUGGGUUGCGUCCUGACGGCGCCCCCAGUGUGCUGGAGUGGGAAGGACGUGGCGCGCCUUGCCUUGGCAUGGAGCCAGAGAGCGGGCGGCCUGUUGGCUGCCAGGCUUUGCGAACGGGCUGUGCCCGCGCGACCAGAACGAUGAACUUUUCUUUAACAUUGACCAAGAACUGCAUGGACCUAACAUUCGAUCUCAUUCAGUAUUAAAGGGGGGCCGGGGGGCUUACAAACUGCAAUAGAGACUUGUAGAUUGCUUCUGUAGUGCUCCUUUAGAACACAAAGCAGGGAGGGCUAGGGAGGGGAGGGAGGCUCGUGAGUGCCAGGCUAGACUGCAGAUGAACUCCCCUGGCCUGCCUCCCUCAACUGUGUAUGUACAUAUAUAUUUUUUUUAAUUUGAUGAAAGCUGAUUACUGUCAAUAAACAGCUUCCUGCCUUUGUAAGUUAUUCCAUGUUUGUUUGUUUGGGUGUCCUGCCCAGUGUUGUUUGUAAAUAAGAGAUUUGAAGCAUUCUGAGUUUACCAUUUGUAAUAAAGUAUAUAAUUUUUUUAUGUUUUGUUUCUGAAAAUUUCCAGAAAGGAUAUUUAAGAAAAUACAAUAAACUAUUGAAAAGUA